AUGGCUAGUCGUAUACCAAGAUUGAUACAAAGAUUCCCGAUCCCCGAUGCCUCUGGACCUGAGAGUAUCGCUUUCGAUCCAACCGGCGGUGGCCCAUACACUGGAGUUUUUGAUGGCCGAAUAUUAAGGUGGGAUCCAAUCCAAAGCCGCUGGAUUACUUUUGCGGUUACCACUCCAAUUCGGACUAGUUGUGAAGGAUCUCACGAUCACACCUUGACAGAAUCGAAAUGCGGACGUCCUCUAGGGCUGGAUUUUAAUAAGAGAACCGGUGAACUUUAUAUCGCGGACGCUUAUAGGGGUUUACUUGUAGUUGGUCCUAAGGGAGGAGUCGCCACACAACUAGCAACUUUGGCUCAGGGCCAUCCUUUUCGACUGACGAAUGAUGUCGUUGUCGACCAGACUAAUGGUCUCGUCUAUUUUACAGACAGUAGCAUAAAAUAUCCGCGUAAAGAUUAUGGGUCUAUUUUAUCCACCAGAGAUAAUACUGGAAGAUUGUUGGUGUAUGAUCCCAUAACUAGAGCAGUAACAGUUCUUGCAAACGGGCUCAUGUUUCCGAAUGGUGUCGCACUCAGUCAGCGUGGUGAUUUUAUUUUAGUGACGGAGACUACUAAUGGCCGAGUCUUGAGAUAUUGGCUUCGUCCAGCACCGGGAAAAUCCGCAGGGACAAUUGAACUAUUUGCACAACUUCCGGGUAAUCCGGACAACAUCAGAAAGAACCAGAAUGGUGACUUUUGGGUGGCCAUGAACUCAAGAGGAGUUCCGAAUUUUACUGGAUUGGGGAUGAUCGCAAGGUUAGAUCAAAAUGGGAAAAUUGUUGUAGUGCCUCAAGAUCCUACUGGAGCAAUGUGGAGACAUGCGAGCCAUGUUCAUGAAGAUCGUGGAUCCUUAUGGAUAGGCUCAGUUGUAGAAUCUGCUAUAGUGAGAUUGAGAAUUUAA